UCUUAAUUAUUAACUUGUUCACAUUUUACCCAGGUCGAAUUCAAAUCUAUCUUCUGUCUCUACCAUAUUGGGCCAUUCUAGGUUCCAUUAUCGUCCCAUUUAUUCUUCUCUUAUCAGCCACUCCAAUGGACGAAGAAGCAGACCUUCCAUCUUAUGAUGAUGCGCGGCAACCGGAUAUUUGGCCUUUUGUUCUUCCAUAUCUUCACACCUCAGACUUGCUCUCUUUGGGACAGGCUUCGCGACAGCUGAGCGGUCGAGUGCAAGGCUUUUUAUGGUUCGCACCCAGACGAUUCUGGCCCCGUGACUCCGAAGAUGCCUUUGUUGUAUUUGGAGAAUUCCUCCAAAUAUUGCGGUCAACGAACCAUCACCCGGAGCGGAAUCCGGGGUAUUAUACCCGUGUUCUCGAUCUUUCGAACUUCAAAAGGGAAACAUUUUCAUUGCCUAUGCCGAGGGACUGGUUAUCCAUCGUGCUCUCAAGCCUGCCCAACCUUCGCUGUUUGAUUGUCGCUCAUUCAGCCAUAUUUGACUCUGACUCGAUCAAUGGCCGAGUUCCCCAUCAUGGCAAGCUUCGACUUCUUGAUGCAUCCUAUUGUCCUAACCUAACUUUCGAUGCACUCUCGCGAUUUUUGCAACGAGUUCCAGAUUUGGCGUAUCUUGACGUUUCUGGGAACCGGACUCCGGAUGUUGAUAAAUCGUCCCUUUGGGCACAACUGCGGAGGCCAUCACUUCGGAUUCUUCAGCUUCGGCAAAUGAGCAUAACACUUCAGCUCGACCAGGCUCUGGAUGGGAACGGAUCUUUACGGUCCUAUUAUCACUGCCUGGACCUUCGAGACAGCGACGUAGGGGACGCGUUCGUAGGAAGUUUGAUUGGUAUCCCUGGUAAUCCAACUCUGGAACCGCCACCUCCGUAUACCUAUCAUCUACCGACUCCGCUUCAUAUUGGUAGCCAUCUUGACUUUGGCGAUGAUACGGUGGAUAUCCCUCGCUUUAUCGAGUCUAAAAUUCGGGGUAGACUCGAAAAUCCGAUUUUCAAGCAUGACCUGGUCAGCAUGGUAUCCAUUUUUCGGAACAUACGGUUGGAGAAUACCUGGAGUUCAAUAGCCGAUUACCAUGGUCUGACCCAUAUUGACGUUUCUGGCACUCGAGUCAGUCUAAAGCAAUGCGCCGGUCUACUUGACGCGUUGCCUCUCCAGAGCUUUGGCUGUGGUCGACACUCAUCAAGUAAAAGAGUACAAAAUCAAUAUGGCAAACCGGAUUUUGGCAUCCGCGCUAUCUUACAAGAUAUCAAAGAUUCGAAGGGAAUCGCAUCCUCUCUGAAGCGUUGUUCGACUUUGCGAGACUUGCGGUGUCCCCAUUAUGUUGUCACCGGAUUCUCGUCGGCAUGGGAUUCGGCGCCUGGCUUGGAGAGGGAAGACAGGUACACCGCUUCCGAGACCAUCGAGAGGGAUCGUCUCUUUUUGACUCCUCCCCAUACUUCACAUCCCCCGGCACCCUCCACCACCGGCUUCGGACAACCCUCUCAUAUGUCUUCCGGUUCUCCAUCCACCGUCCCGCACGAAGGCAUCCAAUGGCAACAAAACUUAACCCCAGACAAUCAGCACCGGACCUUUUCUUUUGAUGCCGCUUUGGUCUCCCUUGAGCGGCUGGUAUUGACCGACCUCCCUAGCCAAAGUACCCGUGGUCAUGUAAGUUCUUGCUUGAAAGCAUUCCUACAGACUGCGGGUGAUUGGGUGCGGAUCUCGAGACAGUACCAGGAAAUCCAGGUCUCCGCCGAACCGUGUCAUUAUCAAACUUCUACUAUCCAUCAUCCAUCGGAGGCUAUUCCGAACGCCCUUGCGAGUCGCCAACCGAGAAGUUCCCUAGGUGAUCGCCAAAAGCCGCGCAUUGUUGACGUAUCGUUGCAGUCACUUAAACUCGAGAUGAGCAGCGAUAGGGAAGAACAUCGCCGUAUGGACAGGCGAGCUCGAAACCACGACGAAUCAAUGGAGAACGAUGAGAGCAUAAACUCGUUCGACCAACUAAUCAAAGACGAUUUUUCAUUCUUCUCUAACGAGCGGGUUAGCUCGGGCUUUCAAGAGUCGCCACUUCACACCGUAUGGAAGUCUAAGGUUUUAAUCGAAGAGCAUCCGGAUUUUGAUGUUGCCAAGUCUCUCGCCGAGUUUAGGAGGAGAUCGAAAGCCAGACCGGGGCACCAGGACGUGCAGAACACCGAGGUGGAUGGUAUAUGGUGCGGUUCUUUAACAAUAGAGAAGUAUUCAGUUUCAUGAAUUGGUGGGCACGAGGAAUUGAUCUUGGCAAUGCAUGGAGAGUCCGAUGUUAUCCAUGGCGUGAGUAGGAUUAAAAAACCAUCCGGUUUCGGAUAGAAUUCGCUAAAAGGAUUCCGAAACAAAUCGUCGCGGAAAUAUCCUUAUAUUCGAAUGAAUGCAGGGAGUGGGGUAGACAUACAUCAGGGGCGCUCAACUUAUUCAAACUUUUCAAGUCUCUAACUAUAGGCUCGGUG